GUACAGUACACUGCACACUGCUGCUAUCCUGCUCUAUCUAGCUCUAGCCUGCUUCUUCCUCGCCUUCCCCGCUCCGGCCACCACCCAAGCCAGCCAGCCAUGGACGCCGCCGCAAUGGAAUCCCUCAUCCUGGAGCUGCACGCCGUGGAGGCGUACAAGUUCGGCACCUUCCUGCUCAAGUCCGGGAUCACCUCCCCGAUCUACCUCGACCUGCGCGUGCUCGUCUCCCACCCGCGCCUCCUCUCCGCGGUCGCCGCCCUGCUCGGCACCCUCGUCCCCGCCACCGCGCGCCCCUACGACCUCCUCUGCGGCGUCCCCUAUACCGCGCUCCCCUUCGCCUCCGUGCUCUCCGUCGCCACUAACAUCCCCAUGAUCCUCCGCCGCUACCACGACGCCGACGCCUCCGCCGGCGGCGCCUCCGCCGGCGUGCGCACCCAGGGCACCUUCCGCGCCGGGGACACCGUGCUCAUCGUCGAGGACCUCGUCACCAGCGGCGCCUCCGUGCUCGAGAUCGUCGCGCCGCUCCGCGCCGAGGGUCUCCUCGUCGCCGACGCCGUCGUCGUCGUCGACCGCCAGCAGGGCGGCCGCGAGAACCUCGCCGCCAACGGGGUCACGCUGCACUCGCUCAUGACGCUCACCGAGGUGCUCGCCGUGCUCGUCAGCCACGGCAAGGUGACCCAGGACAAGGCCGACGAGGUCAAGCGCUUCCUCGACGCCAACAGGACGGUGGCCGUGCCACCGGGGACGCCCGUGAAGCCCAAGGUGGCAAGGAUGCCGUUUGCGGAGAGGGCGAGGCUGGCUGUGAACCCGAUGGGGAGGAGGCUGUUCCAGGUGAUGGAGGCCAAGCAGAGCAACCUGUGUGUCGCUGCGGAUGUUCAGACAACAAAACAACUGCUCGAGCUCGCCAACAAGGUUGGUCCGGAGAUUUGCAUGUUAAAGACCCAUGUGGAUAUUUUAUCUGAUUUCACAACAGAUUUUGGUGGCAAGCUCCGAUCGAUUGCUGAAGAACACAACUUUUUGAUCUUUGAAGACCGCAAAUUUGCUGACAUUGGAAACACGGUAACCAUGCAAUAUGAAGGAGGAAUUUUUCGCAUAUCGGACUGGGCCGAUACUGUCAAUGCACAUGUAGUUCCUGGACCUGGAAUUGUUGAUGGCUUGAAGUUGAAGGGUUUGCCAAAAGGAAGAGGGCUACUUCUGCUUGCUGAAAUGAGCUCAGCUGGUAACCUUGCUCAGGGAGAUUACACUGCAGAAGCUGUAAAGUUUGCUGAGCAACAUUCCGAUUUUGUAAUGGGAUUUAUAUCAGUAAAUCCCGCAUCUUGGUUAACGACACCAUCAAGUCCAGCGUUUAUCCAUGCCACUCCUGGAGUUCAGACUGUUGCUGGAGGAGAUUCCCUUGGUCAACAGUACAACACUCCUUGUUCGGUCAUAAACGAGAGAGGCAGUGAUAUAAUCAUAGUCGGGCGUGGGAUCAUAAAGGCGAGCAAUCCUGCCGAGGCCGCAAGGGAGUACCGCAUCCAGGGAUGGCAGGCCUACCAGACCAGCUUGUCAUGAGAAAAAGUGCAGUGAGUUUCUGCAUUCAGGCCAUCGACACAAUAAGAGUAGUGAGUACCAAGCUCCCAGUCAUUGCUGUGUUCCAUGUGUGGACAUGCUUAGCAUCACGAUUCACCAAUAAUUAUGUAUCCAAGAUGAACCAGGCCGCUCUUUCAUUCUGCA